CUAAAGUCGGCGUACCGCAAUGCCUUACUGCGCCACCACCCAGACAAAUGUAUUUCCGCUUCCCAAGGAAACGCAAAUAAAGUCGAUAUCGGGCAAAUACAGGAUGCUUACAAAACAUUAUCCGAUCCAAUCCUGAAGGAGCAGUACGAUCUCAUUAUCUCACGGCGUCCGAGGCAAGAUGAUGGUGGAAAAGUACCCAGGCCAGCACAGGUCAUUUCGCUUGAUGAUUUUGAUGAAGUUUUGGGAGCGGGAGAGGACGAGGAGGCGAUGUGGGUGUAUUCGUGUCGAUGCGGUGGGACGUAUAAGAUUGGGGAACGAGAAUUGGAAAGAGGGGUACAUCUGGCGGGAUGUGGGAGCUGUUCGGAGGUCGUCUGGGUCGGGUACGAGGUCAUGGAAGGAGAGGCGGAUAGCGACGAGGCAGAUGGAAAGGAGGAGUAA